AUGACAGAACCACCGAUUCUCAACCGUCUUCCUUACGACAUCGUUCUCAACAUCCUGACAAGACUGCCGGUGAAAUCAGUGAUAAGAUUAAGGUGCGUUUCAAAAUCCUUGUACUCCUCAAUCACCACUCCCUAUUUCAUCUCCACCCACCUUAAUCACACCAAAAACAACAUAAAUCGUGACAAUGCUUGUGUCAUACACCUGCCCUACUCUUCUCGGCCUGCAAUACCAGCCUGUACGGUCGCUUUGGACCGCUCGUUUGACACGAUUUCUGAGAUUCUAAUUCCUUUUGAUUUUCCUCAUCCGCGUGCCCAAAUAGUGGGUUCCUGCAAUGGCUUGUUGUGUCUCGCUGAUCUUGUUUACGGUAAUGUUAUAUAUUUGUGGAACCCCAGCGUUAGAAAAUUCAAGAAGUUGCCCGAUCCUUGCUUAGUAAACUCUAAGUAUGUUAAAAUGGGAUUCGCUUAUCAUUCCGAGAAUAAUGACUACAAGGUUGUCAGGAUUUCAUCUCCUCCUUCGUCUCCACAGGUGGUUGAAGUGUACACAUUAAGUUCGGGUUCAUGGAGAAGGUUUGAAGUAUCUUUGGGAGCCAAUGGUGUCUACUACUACUUUAGAAGAUCCCUUUUGCCAACCCCAUUGGUCAGUGGAGCUUUACACUGGAUAGCAGUUACCACUGAAGGAGAAGAGUAUCCCAUAGACAGAAUUAUAUCAUUUGAUGUCAAUUGUGAGAAAUUCAGAGAGCUAGCACUGCCCCAUGGUCAUAUCGAUGACAAAAACCUUGAAACACAUCUUUCAUCAUUCAAGGGGAAACUGGCUUUUAUUACAAGUGAACAACCUGGCUUUGUCUUCUCAAUAUGGGUGAUGAGGGAGUAUGGUGUGGUUGACUCUUGGACUAAACUUUUUGUUGUACCAUUUCAAAGAAUAGCUCAUUGCACUGCCUUCACCGAGUAUGGUUCACUUCUGAUGUUUUCGUACAACAACAUAAGUAGAUUCAAGUAUGAAGACAAGUUUGUUUUAAUUGACAUUGAAACUCUACAGGAGAAAAAGGAUCUCGGUAUCCAAAUAUCUCUAUCUGCAGCUACUUUCGUGGAGAGUCUUGUUUUACUUGAUGGAGCAAAUGUUGUAUCUUACUAAACGGUGGUAUGGAUGAACUGAAACCCUUGUUAUUACUUUUCCUUUUGUUUAGGCGUGAUAGUAUUGCUAAAAGCUUCAUAUUUUAUUCCAUGUUUACAUCAUGCUUCUGUGACUAUUAUAAAUUAGUAUUUGAGAUUUGUGUGUGAA